ACCAUUUUACCUGAUUUAAAUAGCUGCAUAUGUUUCGAUUGAUCCUCAGUUUAAGCCAGACAAAAUCCCGUUACCUACACAUUGUAAUCCAUUUGCUGCGGGAAAGACGUCUCUUGUUCUCACUGUCUCUCGUUAGCAUUAUAAUGACGAGAUUUGCCAUACUGGAUUGCGAUGGCGGUAGCGAUGAUGCCUGGGCCCUGUUAUUGCUCCUGCAUGCUGAGAAGGAGCAGAAGAUCAAGCUAUUGGCCAUAACGACAACAGGUUGUGGUAAUACAACGCUCGACAAUGCGGCACGUAAUAUGAGACGGAUACUUCGUCUCUCUGACAGGGAAGAUGUACCCAUCUAUUUGGGAGCUGUUGAUCCUUUGGUUAACAGUCAAGAGGAUGAGAAAAAGUAUUUUCAUGGACGAGAUGGUUUUGGUGAUUGUCUGACCGAAAAUGAUAUCAAUGAUAUACCCAUUGAGGACUUAAUCGAAUCUCGGCAUGCGGUGACAGCCAUUUAUGAAUUAUGUCGUGAUCGACCACAAGAGGUAACCGUAUUUGCAGUUGGUCCACUCACAAAUCUUGCCCUGGGCUAUGCCAUGUAUGGCCCACGUUUUGGUAAUCAAAUCAAGGAUAUAUACAUUAUGGGUGGCAAUUAUCAAGGUGUUGGCAAUUCAUCAAGAGCAGCCGAAUUCAAUUUCCAUUCCGAUCCGGAGGCAGCACAUGCAGUGCUCUUGAAAACUCGUUGUCCCAUCACCAUACUACCAUGGGAGGCAUGCACCGAGGAGCGUUUCAAUAUACCCAUUGCAUGGCGUUUGGAAGACUUUGGUCCACGAGCUGCUGCCUCAAAGCAUGCUGCAAUCAGUCUGCUCAAUCGUGUGGAAUCUGCUCAAUGGCUACCCAUGGUCGAGAAGUAUGGCAUUAAAUCCUGGAAUCCCUGCGAUGCCCUUGUGGUGGCCGUCUGGCUAUAUGAUAAACGUUUCGUCCUCAAGCAAAGCUCAUGGCAUGCGGCUGUUGAUCUACGUGGUACUCACACCCGAGGCCAAAUGGUGCUCGAUCAUUUACGUGAGGUGGACAAAUAUCCGGAAAAUGUGCGCAUCAUCGAGUAUGUUGAUACGGAAUUCUUUAAAAGCUUACUAGAGGGUAUAGCAGGUCUUGGCUGUGACUAAAAAAAGAAAACUCUGGUUAAUACCAAUCUAUCUAUAUUUUAGAUGAAUUUAUUUGAUCCAAUUGGUCAACUUGAUAAGUAAAUAUCGUUUUGUUUUAUGUAUUAAA